GGAAGAUUGAACGAUAAAAAAUAUCAGCUUUGCUGGACAACAUCACACUUCACCAACAUCAUGGGUAUCCAGAAGAAGCAUGGAAAGGGUCGCCUUGACAAGUGGUACAAAUUGGCCAAGGAGAAAGGAUACCGCGCCCGAGCUGCAUUCAAAUUGAUACAGCUGAACAAAAAAUAUGGCUUCUUGGAGAAGAGCAAAGUAUUGCUGGAUCUUUGCGCUGCACCUGGAUCAUGGUGUCAAGUAGCGGCAGAGACUAUGCCUGUGGGAAGUCUUAUUGUCGGAGUUGAUCUCUCCCCCAUCAAGGCCAUUCCAAGAGUCAUUACCUUCCAGAGCGAUAUUACGACAGAUAAAUGCCGAGCGACUAUCCGAUCACAUUUUAAGACGUGGAAGGCGGACACCGUUCUACAUGAUGGCGCACCGAAUGUUGGUACGGCUUGGGUGCAGGAUUCUUUCAACCAGGCGGAAUUGGCUUUGCAGGCGAUGAAAUUGGCGACUGAGUUCUUGGUGGAAGGCGGCACGUUUGUCACAAAAGUGUUCAGAUCCAAAGAUUACAACAGUCUGCUUUGGGUGUUCAAUCAACUUUUCACCAAGGUCGAGGCAACGAAACCGCCUUCUUCACGAAAUGUCUCCGCAGAAAUCUUCGUCGUCUGUCGUGGAUUCAAAGCUCCUAAACGAAUUGAUCCUAAGUUUCUGGAUCCUCGCUCUGUCUUCGCAGAACUAUCAGACCCUACACCGAACAAUGAAGCUAAGGUCUUCAAUCCCGAAGUGAAGAAGCGGAAGAGGGAUGGUUAUGAGGAUGAUAACAUGACACAAUUCAAGGAGGUUCCAGCUAGCGAAUUCAUUCAAACUACGGACCCUAUUGCUAUUCUGGGAAGCUUGAACCGACUGAGCUUCGAACAGCCACCGAACGGCGACGUUGCUCUUGCAGCCCUCGACAAAUUGCCAGAGACUACCCAGGAGAUUCGAAACUGUUGUGCAGAUCUACGAGUACUUGGAAGGAAGGAAUUCAGGAAUCUUCUGAGAUGGCGACUGAAAGUCCGAGAGAAGUUUGGAUUUGCAACGAAAAAGUCUGCCAAAGCUGCUGCGGAGGAGGAAGUUGCAGCAGUAGAACCAAUGGACGAAGAGUUGAAGAUCCAGGAAGAGCUGCAAGCUCUGAGCGAAAAGGACAGUGCCCGCAGAAAGCGUGAUCGUCGAAGAGAAAAUGAGAAGAAGCAAAGAGAGGUGGUUCGAAUGCAGCUACACAUGACAGCCCCUACAGAGAUUGGACUUGAGCAAGCAGGGCCUAAUGGCGAAGGAUCGAUGUUUGGACUGAGAACUGUCGACAAGUCCGGGGCUGCGGAUAAGAUUGCGAAGGGCAAAAUGGCAAUUUUGACGGAAGCUGAUUUACGAAAAGAUCGCGAUAGUGGAUUUGCGUCUGGCGAUUUUGAUGGAGAAAGUGACGAAGAGGAAGAUCGACUGGAUAGAGAGCUCGACUCUAUGUACGAGCAAUAUCAGGAGCACAAGUCCGCUGCAGACGCCAAGUUUCGAGCAAAGAAGGCUCGAAAAGAACACGAAGACGGCGAAUGGGAGGGCUUUUCUGCGGAGGAGAAUGUUAGUGACGACGAUGAGCUUGAAGAAGACAGCAGUGACGAGUCUGAGGCGGGGGAUAUGAUUUCAAAGCGUUCCCUACUAACAGACCUCACUCGCGACGAGAAGAAGUCAAAUGGGCUGUCACGGCGAGCUGCUCAAUUCUUUGACCAGGACAUAUUCAAGGAUAUAGGUGGUUUACCUGAAGAGUCCGAACCUGAUGAACCGGAAGAAGAUGAAGAAGAGAUCACUGCAGACCUCGACCAGUUAGACGCUAUGAGACAGGAAGAAGAUGAGGACGAGUCCAUGGCUGAGAUUGAAGAGAUUGAGCCUGAGUCUGACAGAGAGGAUGACGAGGACGGUUUUGAAGUGGUCAAGCGGUCAAAAGAUGACGAUCAGUGGGAAGACGAGCCUCGAAAGGACGGCAAACUUGAUAUCGACAUAAUUACCGCCGAAGCGAUGACUUUGGCGCAACAAAUAGCAUCAGGUGCAAAGACUAAGCAAGACCUUAUUGACGAGGGCUUCAAUAAGUACGCUUUCAAAGACCGAGAUGGUCUGCCAGAGUGGUUUCUCGAUGACGAAGGUCGUCACGACAAGCCCCACCGACCUAUUAGCGCAGCCGCAGCAGCUGCUAUCAAAGAGAAGCUGCGCGCCCUGAACGCUCGACCUAUCAAGAAAGUCCGCGAAGCAAAGGACAGGAAGAAGUUUAAGGCUGCUCAACGUUUGGAGAAGUUGAGGAAGAAGUCUGCCUUGUUGCAAGACGAGGAAGGCAUGACAGAGAAGGAGAAGGCGCAGAGUAUUGUGAAAUUGAUGAGCAAGGCGGCCAAGAAGAAGCCCAAGCAGCAGGUUAAGGUCGUUGUUGCUCGAGGGGGAAACAAAGGUAUUGCUGGUAGACCGAGAGGUGUGAAGGGUAAGUAUAAGAUUGUGGAUGCGAGACUGAAGAAAGAUGUUAGAGGUGAAAAGAGAGCGGCCAAAAAGAAGAAAUGAUGUACUCAAUAAGAGGAAAUCUCAUCGUUUCACAACACGUCUGUAUGGG